GAGAGAAAUAUAAGGAUGAGAUUAAUCUGCAGUUUAAGCUUUAUCUGUUCAUAUCUCCUUCUCUUUACAUCAUGGAUUUCGGGUUCUGUUCUGGGUAGUAAUAAAAAUGAUCCUCCAUUUCAACUCAAACUUCCGCCAAAGGCAGCCAGACCUGAAAAAGAAGUUGACCCAGAAUAUGAAGAGAAGAUGAAAGCAGACAGAGCAAAAAGAUUUGAAUUCCUCCUGAAACAGACAGAACUUUUUGCGCAUUUUAUUCAGCCUGCAGCACAAAAAUCACCAACAUCUCCGCUGAAAGUCAAACUGGGACGGCCACGGACAAAGAAGGAUGAAAAACAGAGUUUGAUUUCAGCUGGGGAUUAUCGUCACAGGCGCACAGAACAAGAAGAAGAUGAAGAGUUGUUGUCUGAGAGUCGAAAGACAUCUAAUGUGUGUAUUCGAUUUGAGGAAUCUCCUUCAUAUGUGAAAGGAGGAACGCUAAGAGAUUAUCAGGUUAGAGGGCUGAACUGGAUGAUCUCAUUGUAUGAAAAUGGUGUUAAUGGCAUUCUGGCAGAUGAAAUGGGUCUUGGUAAGACUCUGCAAACGAUAGCGUUAUUAGGCUAUCUGAAGCAUUACCGAAACAUUCCUGGGCCACACAUGGUCCUGGUUCCAAAAUCAACUUUGCACAAUUGGAUGAAUGAAUUUAAACGCUGGGUUCCAUCGUUACGUGCUGUUUGCCUUAUUGGAGAUAAAGAUGCCAGAGCAGCUUUUAUCCGUGAUGUUAUGAUGCCUGGAGAAUGGGAUGUUUGUGUUACAUCAUACGAAAUGGUUAUUAAGGAAAAGUCUGUCUUCAAAAAAUUUAACUGGAGGUACCUGGUAAUUGAUGAAGCUCACAGAAUAAAGAAUGAGAAGUCUAAGCUGUCAGAGAUUGUCCGGGAGUUCAAGACAACGAAUCGAUUGCUCCUUACAGGAACUCCUUUACAGAACAACCUCCACGAGCUGUGGGCAUUACUGAAUUUUCUUCUACCUGAUGUCUUCAAUUCUGCAGAUGAUUUCGACUCAUGGUUUGACACUAAAAAUUGUCUCGGUGAUCAGAAACUUGUAGAAAGACUUCAUGCUGUUUUGAAGCCGUUUUUAUUGCGUCGCAUAAAAGCUGAAGUAGAAAAGAGUUUACCUCCUAAGAAAGAAGUAAAAAUUUACCUUGGACUCAGCAAAAUGCAGAGGGAAUGGUAUACCAGGAUCCUGAUGAAAGAUAUUGAUAUCCUAAAUUCAGCUGGGAAAAUGGAUAAAAUGCGUCUGCUGAAUAUUCUGAUGCAGUUGCGAAAAUGUUGUAACCAUCCAUACCUAUUUGAUGGUGCUGAGCCUGGCCCUCCUUACACCACUGACACGCAUCUCAUCACGAACAGUGGUAAAAUGUUAGUUCUGGAUAAACUGCUCACAAAACUCAGAGAACAGGGUUCCAGAGUUCUUCUUUUUAGUCAGAUGACCCGUUUAUUGGAUAUUUUGGAAGAUUAUUGCAUGUGGCGUGGAUAUGAGUACUGUCGACUUGAUGGACAGACACCACAUGAAGAAAGAGAGGAAGCAAUAGAUACCUUUAAUGCUCCCAACAGCAGUAAAUUCAUUUUCAUGCUAAGUACCAGAGCUGGAGGUCUAGGAAUUAAUUUGGCAACUGCUGAUGUGGUUAUUCUCUAUGAUUCAGAUUGGAACCCUCAAGUAGACCUGCAAGCCAUGGAUCGUGCGCAUCGUAUUGGUCAAAAGAAACCAGUACGGGUGUUUCGACUAAUCACUGAUAAUACUGUUGAAGAGAGGAUUGUAGAAAGAGCUGAAAUAAAACUGAGACUGGACUCUAUAGUUAUACAACAAGGAAGGCUCAUAGACCAACAGUCUAAUAAACUGGCGAAGGAUGAAAUGUUGCAAAUGAUCCGGCAUGGAGCCACGCAUGUCUUUGCUUCAAAAGACAGCGAGCUGACAGAAGAAGAUAUAACCACUAUUCUAGAAAGAGGUGAAAAGAAGACAGCUGAAAUGAAUGAACGAUUGCAGAAAAUGGGGGAGAGUUCCUUAAGAAAUUUCACUAUGGACACAGAGAUGAGCUUAUAUAAUUUUGAAGGUGAAGAUUAUAGAGAAAAACAGAAGCUGAGCAUGAUGGAAUGGAUAGAGCCUCCAAAACGAGAACGCAAAGCUAAUUAUGCAGUGGAUGCUUAUUUUAGAGAAGCCCUACGUGUUAGUGAACCAAAAGUUCCAAAGGCUCCACGACCUCCAAAACAACCAAAUAUUCAAGACUUCCAAUUUUUUCCACCACGAUUAUUUGAACUUCUGGAAAAAGAAAUUCUGUAUUAUCGUAAGACUAUAGGUUAUAAGGUUCCCAGGAAUCCUGACCUCCCGAAUGCAGCUCAGGUGCAAAAAGAAGAGCAAAAGAAGAUUGAUGAAUCUAUGCCUCUGACUCCUGAAGAAACCGAAGAGAAAGAAAAGCUUCUAACACAGGGUUUUACAAAUUGGAACAAAAGAGAUUUUAACCAGUUUAUUAAAGCUAAUGAGAAAUAUGGACGUGAUGAUAUAGACAAUAUUGCCCGUGAAGUGGAGGGAAAGUCACCUGAGGAGGUCAUUGAGUACUCAGCUGUUUUCUGGGAACGUUGUAAUGAGCUGCAGGACAUCGAGAGGAUUAUGGCUCAAAUUGAACGAGGAGAAGCAAGAAUUCAACGGAGGAUCAGUAUCAAGAAGGCACUUGAUGCCAAAAUUGCAAGGUAUAAAGCACCUUUUCAUCAGCUGCGUAUUCAGUAUGGAACGAACAAAGGCAAAAAUUACACAGAAGAGGAAGACAGAUUUUUGAUAUGCAUGUUACACAAGAUGGGCUUUGACAAAGAAAACGUGUAUGAAGAACUAAGGCAGUGUGUGCGCAAUGCUCCUCAGUUCAGAUUUGACUGGUUUAUCAAAUCUAGGACUGCAAUGGAGUUUCAGAGACGCUGCAAUACUCUCAUAUCAUUAAUCGAAAAAGAAAAUAUGGAAAUUGAGGAAAAAGAAAGAGCUGAGAAGAAGAAGAGAGGAGCAAAAGUUCCAGCGUCACAGAAGAGGAAAGCAGAUUUGGCUGCUGAGAGCUCUGGGAAAAAAGAUGCUAAGAAAGUGAAGUCGUGAACCUGAAAACUGAAUGCUAAGUAUACAACUGCCACUUUCUUCUCUCCAUCCACAAGUAUUAAUUGCCAACUUCUUUGUAUUCAUGGUACUCUCCCCUAAAUCCCGUGGUUUAAUUUUGCAAAUUUUGUAUAUUUUACAAUUGCCUUUCUUUACCUAAAAUGUGUAGCUUUAUAUUUUAUGCAUUCCAGUAUUUUUGUGUAUUGUAUUAUGUGACUUUCAUGUCUUCAGCAAAAUUUACUCAGUCUUUGUUUUUUUGAAGCUUGUGCUGAGGUUUUAGCUUUUAUAUGUUUUAUAUGCUGCUGCUUUGAAAGAAAACCUAGAUUCUAUGGCUGUAUUAUUGUUAUUUCAUAUUUUAAAUUUAUAUGGCUGUGGGAAAAUAAAUUGAAUUAAAAUUAUUUGAAGAGAAUAAUACUUCACCUUUGUUUUCCCUUCCCUCUCUCCAUUUUCUGCAUAGCUUUGCUUUAGAGCACAUGUUAAGGUUUGUAUAAUUGUGCCUUCAUCAUCGAUCAGAUUUCUUUUCAGAAGACUGCACAGAUAAGAUCAGGAGCAUGACAGAACAAAAGAAAUCUAAUUAGACGGACAUUCUUGUUUGCUGUCAACCAUAAAUUGACGUUUUUCUCAAAACUAUUCAGAAGGAAAGCUGACAAAUACUUAAGCAUACCUUUUCUUUAUUGGUGUUGGUUUCUGUUGCAUAUAUGCUUAACCACGGUGAGGUGUUUUUCUGAAUGACCUCUAGAAGAGACCUUUUUUGUUUUGUGUUUUUUUUGUUUGUUUUUAAUAUAAAAAGUUUUAAUGAACUGAAGUUUAAUAAACCUAAUAAGCUCCCCUAACAGCUUCUUUCUUCUUUUCUUUUCUUUUCUUUUCUUUUUUUUUUAAAGUGACAAACUAAUUCAUCUGCUAGUUGGUAGGCUGUUCAGCUAUGCUGUCUUGUGCUAAAAGAUCUUGGUUACUUGAAUUAUCUCUGCUAACUUUCUUCUUUUACCUUCGAUUCAACAUGUCAGAAGCAAUGGGGAUAUGUUAUGGAGUGCUCCUUUUUAGUAUUUCUAUUUUAAUGAGCGGAUGAAAGUGCUGGAUGUACCUUAUUUGACUUUGCAGGAGUGGCCUUUUAUUAAGCAGUUCAUGGUUUCUGGUCACCUUGGAGUCGCUGCCUUUCCUAGAUCAGUGGAACAGUGACUAUGGCAUCUAGCAUUUUACUUUAAUCUUCUGUCUCUGAUCUGGUGUUUAGUAUGGACCUUGCUACAGUGAGACAUGCUCUCACCAUGUCAAGUCUAGAUUAAUGCAGCAUGCUUUACAUGGCACUUGCCUUGAAGAAGACUUGUGCAUUUCUCCUAGUGCAGUUUGCUUCCGUCUUGAGUGCUUUGGGAUGAUAAAACACUUUGUAUUUCUUGCUUUGCGUUGCCUACCUGCUUCUUUAUUUGUAAAAUUUGUUUAAAAAAAAAAAAAAAAACCUUUGGAAAGCUCUUGAGGUUUUUAGGACGCAGGUCUCUCUAUAUGCUUUUGUGGCAAUUACAGUCUAUUGGAAUGUCUUUGAUGUGUUCUGGGAUUAAUCUCUUUAAGCUUAGUGGUGAGAAAAUUGCAGCCUUCCUGAUGGUCCUGAGUUUAAGGUUUGGGGCAAAAUGAGUGGUGUUGUUUGUUUAAGCUUUUUGCAAGAUAACUAAUUUAUUUUGUAUUUUAGAGUGAAGCUUUCGUUUGGGGACCAAGUUACUAAUUAUUUGUACUGGGCUUUUUAUUUGCAAGACUUCUAGAUUAGAAAAGGGUAUUCAUCUAGAAAGUUGAGACUAUUAGAUGUAGUAUUGGGGGACAACUUUCAGAUGAAGGUUACUCAUGGGUGUUGAUAUAUGCUUUUAAAUGACUAUGUAACCCAGAGGGAUAUGUGCGCUUAAAAAAGGAGGAUGUCUUUUCAAAUAAUGUUUUUGAUAUUAGAGUAGUUGACAUCCUUUUUUAUCCUUGGGGGAAGGAGAUCUGGUGUAUUUAUGUGGGCUGGAAAAAGGCUACAUAGCUACAUAUAGAUAAUCGCAAAUCCUGGAGCAAUGGCUUUUAACAGAGAGAGAAAGAUGCUUUAUUUACAUUUGCUUUUCAGCUCCCACGUCAUUCAAUAACUUUACUUGCUUUUGUAAGUUCAGGUUAUAAAGAGAGCAAAAUAAAGGCUCGAGGAGCCAAUUGAAUUUUUGUUGAAUUACAUGGCUACAUCUGGGUCUCAUUCCAUUGUUCCUACUUAGCAUAAUUGGGUGAAUAUUUUAAUGCUUUGAGUCUCAAAAUAAGCGUAUUCUGUUUUUUUUCUGUUUAUUGCAGAUUAGCUUUGUUUUGCUUGCAUGUUCUUGUGUAUCCAAUUUCUCUGUGUAUUAUUAUUGGCAAAGUGUAUGGGAAAUGUUAGAAUGGUAAUAUCUCAUCUUGUCCUUUAAUGCAGAUUUUUUAGUUUCAAUUACUGUUUGAGGUAAUGUUCACUUUCCUUUUCCUUCAGUGAUAUGAUAUACUAGCUGUAUAGCAAAAGAUCAUGCAAUUGUUCUUUGAGAUAUUAUCCUCUUUAUCAGACAGCUUCUCUGAAGAAUGAUAGAUGCUCCCUGGAACUAUUUGUUAUCUCUUAUAGUCUGUAGUUCCUAGUUAAACUAAAUGUGCUGUUGAACAACAGUCCUUGAGAGCACUUGCGUACUAUACUAGUUCCUCAGCAUAGUGUGUCUUCCCAUCCAUCACGUCCCACAGUGAUAACUGAAGAAAAUUGCAAUGGCUGCUGGUCAGGAUUAAAGUAAAAUGAAUCUUUCUUUUCCUUUUUCUUUCUUGUAGUUGCAGAAGUACACAGAGUAUGUGCCUCGCGCUAUCUAAAUGAUAUGCUGCUGUGACUCAAAAUUACAUGGACUGAAAUAAAGAAAUCUUCCUACUUUUAACUACUAUUUUCUUAGAUAAAGAAUACUGUUUGUAAGAAAUUUGUAAGCAUUGAACAUAAUAUGUGAUACAAAGAACUUUGGAAAAUUCUGGGCCUUUACACAACUCAAUGGGUGCCAAACAAAUUAUAUGAUCUGGUGUCACAAAAAAGUUUGGAAAUUUCAGGUCUCCUUUUGAGCAGACAACUGAAAUUUGAUUAUGUUAGUUUGACAUAAGAGUUGAAAGAGAAAACGCAGCAACCAUUUAGCACCACUCACAGAUCAUGCAGUGCACUUAACAAAUACAGGGAGAGGUCACACAGCUCUUGUGUUCUUUUCCCUUUUACACAUUCAUUGCUUUCAAAUUAUAACUCCUUUAUUUCUGAGUUAGAUCUGAUGUUAGCAAGGACAGUAAAAAAAAAAAAAAAAA